CGUUACAACCCGGAAGCACUCCGUUUCUCUGAUGAACGUUUGAACAGAAAGAAUGACCGAUUUAUCUCCAGCAGAGACGGUUAAACGCGAUGCUGCCGACGUCCUCCAGCCUUCCGUAGUCACAUCGGCGUGUUAAUCCUCGGUGCCGACGGAGCGGGCGGUCAACUGCGGGCAGCAACGCCCUGAUGAGCCGCCGAGUCGGACAGAAAUCCCGUCGCUGUUUACAAGUCGCUCCGAGAGCCCGUUUCCCCGCAGUGUGCCGUUAGCUAACCGAGAGAGUGUUUUUCAGACGGGAGGCGAAAACAUGGCUGAACUGCAUGUAGUGGAACCGAGCGGCACUGGCACCAUAGAGCAGCCCGAGCACCGAGACUCGGUCCGUGGCUCGGUGCGCCUGGCUUCGCCCACUCUCAUGGUUCCUCCGCGGAGCAGCCAGCUCAGUCCCGGCGGGGUGUCGAGCACCAGCGGCGGCGGAGCCAGGUCGGUGUUCGGGUUCCCGGUGAAGAGCAACCCGAGCUCCCCGUCCGAACCGGUGGACAAGCCGGGCUCCCGCUGGGUCCGGCUGAACGUCGGCGGGACCUACUUCAUCACGACCAAACAGACGCUGUGCAGAGACCCCAAGUCCUUCCUGUUCAGGCUGUGUCAGGAGGACCCGGACCUGGACUCCGAUAAAGACGAGACAGGAGCCUACCUGAUCGACAGGGACCCCACAUACUUCGGCCCCAUCCUGAAUUACCUUCGACACGGAAAGCUGAUCAUGGACAAGAAUCUGGCUGAAGAAGGUGUUCUCGAGGAAGCCGAGUUCUACAACAUCGCGUCACUGGUCAGGCUGGUGAAAGAGAGGAUACGGGACAACGAGAACCGCACAUCUCAGGGCCCGGUGAAGCAUGUGUACCGAGUACUGCAGUGCCAAGAGGAGGAACUCACACAGAUGGUCUCAACCAUGUCAGAUGGCUGGAAGUUUGAGCAGCUCAUAAGUAUCGGCUCCUCGUAUAACUACGGCAACGAGGACCAGGCAGAGUUUCUAUGUGUCGUUUCCCGGGAGCUCAACAACUCCACCAACGGCAUCGUCAUCGAGCCCACCGAGAAGGCCAAGAUCCUUCAAGAACGAGGCUCGCGGAUGUGAAGAGACCCAGAUCCUGAGCUAAACAACACUUUAUCAGCGUUAACAUUUUCUCCAGUUUUCAUCAAACCCCCUCUGUCAUCUUCCUCCACCACCAUCAUCAUCCUCAUCCUGCUCCCUCCUCCUCUGGUGUGCCUUUCCACAGCGACGGCUCCUCAGCGCCCUCCUCCUUUCCUUCAGUGCUGCAACGCCGCCCUGACUUUUCGUCUCAUUUCUUCUCCUCUGGUUUAAAAGAGGCGACAAGCCAGUGGUUUUUCUUCAUCGCAGCUUUUUUGCGACGGUCAGCGUCGCGGCGGCGAAGGCUGUGGUGCUGAUUGUAGCCUCUUGUUGCCGCCGGUGGAUGGACGCCCAGCGCGGAGCUACUUUACAUCGUCAUCUCCAUUGCUUUUAUCAGACAGGAUCCUUCCUCUCUUACACAUUUGGCUGUCGAUUUAGCAGAAAUCUCCUCAGGACUCUCAAAGGACAUAAAGGAAUGAAAACAACUCCACUGACUGAGCCUCUCUCUACCUGAAUCUGUCGAUGGAGUGAUCGUCGACGGCCGCCGACUCCGUGGAUUUGCAGGCGGCGGCACAACAAACCUCUCGAUGCGGAGGUCCGGUCACGACGACCCGCUCCUCUUUUUCCAGUUUUCUGGCUCGAUUCGAUCUGUGAGAAUUUCCACGAAAAGAAACGACUCAAAAAAAUACGGAAAAAAAGACUUAAACUACUAGUGUACACUUUGUCAAGGCAUGUGAGGAAUCUAUAUAAAUCUAUAUAGGCUACAUGAUGAAAUUAUAUGAAAAAUUGAAUGCAAAUGGUGUAAUUAUUAAUUUCUGUAUCAUAGUUGUCAUAUAUUUACAUAUUCUGGUGGGUGAGUCUCUUUGAAACGAUGGAGAAAGAAGAAUAUCAGUUUUCAUAACCAGUUUUCCCACCCGGUUCACCUGGGUGUGACUUUGUGUAUGCAGUGCCUCUCUGCUUUCUGUCCAUGACUGAAAUAUCACCAGUUUUUCAGCUGCACGUUUUCUGUAGUGUUCCUCGAGGGGAAAAAAAACAACAAAAAAAAGAAGAAAAAACAGCUACUGUCAAUAAGUUUUCUCUUAAAUAUCCUACUUUGAUCUACUGCAUAUCUUAAAAUUGUAAUUAGGGAUAAGGAAAACUACUGUCAUUGCCAUUUGUCUGGACAAGCGUGGUGUGUCGGCGGUUGGACCGUGGCCAGUCUGUACGCUGCCUCAAAACCUCCAAUCCGUGCGCUAUUCCCACGCCGACAUUCGCUCGCCCUGCAGCUGCCUCUCGUCGCCACUCGACUUUUAACGCUCAAAACGACUGUGUUGUCUCACGUUCUGCAGCACUUGUAGCAACCGUGGCGCAAGCUGAACUGUACCACUCACGCUUCAAAGCCCUGAGAUAGCUGAGCCUGCAUCACCACACAGAUUUACACCCUGGAAGUGAACCUGCCGCAUGGGAAGAGUCCUUAAUCUUUUCUUUUCUGAGCUCCUGAGUUGCUGAGGGAAGCCUUUAUUUCAGACGUUGCGUGACGUUUUAGUUCCGUGCCAGCGGAUGGGUACUAACGUGGCCGAAGUAUGUUUCUCUGGAAAUGUACUCGACAUUAACCCUCCUAUUGUCCUCAUUUACAGGCACCAAAAAAUAUUGUUUCCUUGUCUGAAAAAAAAUCCAAAAAUUCAGCAAAAAAAUCCCCCAAAUUUGGCGAGAAGAUUCUUGGAAAUAUUUUCAAAAAAUGAGUAAAAAUCUUACAAAAAAAUUCUAAAAAUAUCUAAAGUGAUUACAUAUAUAUCAGUAAAACUUCUAAUAUUUUCUGCAAAAAAAAUCAACCAAAAUCCAGCGAAAUUCACUGGAUUUUGGUUGAAAAUUUUUUUGUGAAUGUUCUUAAGAAACGUAUUUAACUUUUCUUUUUUAUACCAAAAAAUGUUCAAAGAUUUCCCAAAAAUGUUGAAAAUGUGGACGUCAGAAGUUUCACUGUGAAAAUAUUUUUUUUCUCCACAUUUUCAAACUUUAAAUGGGUCGAUUUUGACACGAGGGUUAAGUUGCCAUGUGAUCGCGCUGUUUUUGAACACUGAAAUAGACAAAAGCUCGCCUGAUUCCAGUUUAUACAUGAGAAUUUGGUGAUUUUUGUGCUAUAUCAAGAGCUAAAAGUGACAGAAAAUGCGUCUUUUACUUUUUAGUCAUGUAUGAAGCAGAAAUUGUUAAUAUCUUUUCAUUUUUUCCGUUUUAUUUUUGAAAAAUGACGGUUUGUUAAGACAAAGCAAGACAUAUUUAGAUGCUGUCUUCAGUAAAUGUGCUGAGAAUUUAGUAUUUUCAGACAUUUUAUGUGUCCAGAAAGUGAAAAAAGGAGUUCGUACACCUUGUCAAAAUUUGCUAAAUUCAUUUAAAGAAAAUGAACAUGCUAAUUGAUUGGAGUGUAAAAACCAUUUCUGCACAUUUUAUGCUUAGUUUUGGUUGCAGCCACCCCAGCUUCCUUACUUUUGCUAUUUUGCACUCAUUUCCAAUUAAAAAGUCACUAUUUGGCCUGUAAAAUGUCAGAAAAUAGCAAAAAGCGCACUUCCAGGUGUCUUUUUUGACAUACCAGCAGUCCAAAACUCAAAAAUAAGCAAUUUACACCAGUAGGAAAAAACGAGACGUUUUCAGAUGCCUUCUUGGGUAAAUACGCUGAGACUAUGCUUUUUUUCAGACAUUUUAUGUUUGCAAAAAAAAAUGGUUUGAACACCUUGUCAAAAUUAGCUAAAUUAAUUUAAAGAAAAUUGACACACUAAUUAAUUGGAGUGUACAAACCAAUUUUGCACAUUUUAGGCUUAGAAUUUUGGUUGCAGUCACCCCAGCUUCCUUCCUUUUGCUAUUCCUGCCACUAGCAACUGAUUUUGCUUACAUUUUCAAUUAAACAUGGUGUUUUGGGCUAUAAAAUGUCAGAAAAUAGCAAAAAAAUGCAUCUUCAAGUGUCUUUUUUUGACAUAUCAACAGUCCAAAACUCAAAAUAAACAAUUUACACCAGUAGAAGAAGAGAAAAGUGACACAUUUUGGUAUUUCUGCUUCAUAAAUGACUCAAGCUGAUUAAUUAAUAGUGAAAAUCCUCAUUUCUGUCAAUGGACUAGUUGCUGCAGCACUAAAUUACAAUGUGACUGAGAUGUUGGUAUAAACGCAGCCUUUUCACACGAGCAGCUUAAUGCAAAGUGUGAGCCAUAUUUACACAUAUCAGAUGGAGAAUCCAAAUGUCUUGUUCACAUUUUAAUGGCUGCUCCUGUAGAGCUACGGAGCCUUUAUCAUCGGCGACACCUGUCACUGGCAUCGAUCGCUUUGAUAACCCAUCGUUUUGUACAAAGAACAUAUUUGAUGCAGACACCAAGCAUGAGCAAAAAGAACGCGUUUUAAACGGGGAAAAGUGGAAUUGCUGUUGUUAUGCUCCCUGACCUGUCAGGCCUCAGAGCUCAGACUUUGAUGUGACUUCUUCUUCUUCUUCGUUUUUUAAAAUUUGUUUUUGUUUCCUCUCCAGUGUGUGUUUUUGUGUAGUUUUAUUCUACUAAUCAUGAGCAGACCGUGUGCUGCUAUAAACGUCCAAAACGUCUCAUUGAGGAGCACCUUUUUUCUCUCUCGUUGUCCUCUGGGCCCUUUGCAAAGCACCUUGGGUGUCGUUUCCCUUCGUCUGUGUCCAGUGUUGUGCCUUUGACCUGUGUUGUGCACAGUUGUACUCCCCUCUUAUCAUAAGGUGCCUCUCAUACCUUAAAAAAGCCACGAGGCACCUACCUGAGGUAUAAUGUAUACAGGUUGGUUUCUGUUUUUCGUGUUCCAGUAAGAGGCAAGCCAAACAAAACCAUUAUCCCUCGAGUUAUUUUCAGUUUUAUUAUAUAUAUACUGACAAAACAGCUGCUUUCUUUGUGCCAUCGCUUUAGAGCUAAAUCCACCCACAAUCCCUUACGCUCCUGGAGAUUCAAAAUUGUGACCAUAUCUGCUGUGAACACUCGCGGUGACUGGUUGUCGUGUUUACACCACAACCAAACGGGAAGACCGGCCGAAGCAGGUUUUCCCUCUUCUGCUCGUAUCUUAGUAAAACUCCAGCGGUGCACUUGAUAUCGGGAAUCGAUUCGACUACAAACUCGCUUCUUGUUUCUUGAGUUGCAUGCCGAAACCACCUGUAAUGACCCAAUUUUUUUUAGAUGUUUGUAAUCAACGUUUUAAAGCACUUACUGUAACUUUGUGAACCUUGUUUGAUCUUACCUUGGUUGCACAGUUCAGUGGUUCCCAACUUCAGAGUGGGCGAAAAAGCAAAAAAGAGAAAGUUGCAAUGUUUUACACUUUCCUUCAGUCGCUGCUUUUUAUCACGUUGGCCAUGCUAGCAGCUAGGACUGAACCAUUAAGAGAUUUAAAUGGAACGGAAAUUAGAAUCAAUGCAGUUAGCGACCUGAAAAGGCUGCAAUUUCAGAUAAACGUUACGUAACUAUUAUCAAGUUGGCAUGCUGAGCUACAGCGUUGGAGAUGAUAAACUUUAUAGCUGCCAUCAGCAUGUUAGCGUUGUCCCUGUGAGCAUGUUGAGCUGUGUUAGCAUUUAGCUUCACUUCUAUCCCUAAAGUCUGCAAUCUUCACAUUCAGGGAACUUUCUCAAUCAAGGUUCAAAGUCCAGGGGACGUUUACUUUUAGGGAACAUUUUCAAAACAGUCCCUGGACCGUUUUUUUUUUCUUUUCUUUUUUCCAACAUUUGUGAAAUUUUCUCCAAACAGUGAAUGUUUUAGGUGAUGUGUAAUAAAACACACAUCGUAGCUAACUAUGUUUUGUGCUUAGUGCUACUACACCAAUGUUAGCAAGCUAAAAAUGGGAAAACACCUUCUAAACUUUAGCAUGCUAGCAGGCUAAUGUCAUCAUUUAGCUCAAAAUAAUGUUGUUCUUAAACAUAGUCUCUCUCUGCUAGCAUGACUGUAGAACCGAGUGACUUUACAGGUUAAUGCACAUCCCAGUCAGCUAUAUUUUGUGCUUUGUGCUAAUAAAUGAAUUUUAGCAUGCUAACAUGAUAAACUAAGAUGCUUAACAAAAACAUUUAUACUUUGUGAACUUAACUUAGUUAACAAGCUAAUGCUAACAGUGUGACUUCAAUAACUAACCUACAAAUGUAAGAUGGUUAACAACUGAAAUGUAUGUCUUCUGAGUUUAAGCAUGCUAGCAGGCUAAUGUUAGCAUUUAGCUCAAAGUAAUGCUGUUCUUAAAUACAGUCUCUCACAGCUAGCAUGGCUGUAGACUCUUAACUGAGUGACCUUACUGGUUAAUGCACAUCCCAGUCAGCUAUAUUUUGUGCUAAUAAAUAAAUAUUAGCAUGCUAAGAUGAUAAACUAAGAUGGUUACCAUGAAAUGUGUACUUUGUAAACUUAACAAACUAAUAUUAACAGUGUGACUUCAAUAACUACUUUGUGCUUAAUGUUAGUGAAUAGAUGUUAGCAUGCUGAUGUGAAUCUAAGAUGGGUAACAACUGAAAUGUAUGUCUUCUAAAUUUAAGCAUGCUAGCAAGCUAAUGUUGGCAUUUAACUCAAAGCUCUUCAAGCUAGCAUGGCUGUCCAUUUUAACUGUAAUAGCAGCGUCACUGUAAUGCUACCAUGCUAACAUGCUAAGCUAUAAUGGCUAGCAAGACAAACAUGGACUCUCAGGCUUUAAGCAUGUUAUUAGCAGCAUCUCACUGCUAGCAUGACUGUAGAAUGUUGAGUGUUUCUUGUGAAUUGCCAGAUAAUUUUACUUCUUUAGGAACCAAAUACAUAUUCAAGUAAGAAAAGUGGAAGAUGUUUUUGCUUAAACUGGUCACACCCAGGAGACAUAUGCAACCUGUGAUUGGGGUUUGCUUUAUUUUAAUGGCUCACAAGCCAAAAAAAGUUGGGAACCACUGACCUAGCUGAACUUUGCAGUGUGAUUAUCCUAAUAUUUGACUCAAAACCCCUUUUUUUUAAAAAACAAAAAAAAGGACCUUUUGACCAUUGGUUUUUACUUUCACCUGCACUAGUUAGUCUCCAGAUAAUGUGCAAUGUUAACAAAUCUGCAAAAAAAAAAAAAUCUCUGUUGUUUGGGCACGUGAAAACAUGAGAGCAUGCAUUGUUCUAGAGAUUAUGAUGUUGUGUACUGGAUUUUGUCUGACCUCUGUGUUAGUGCAAAGUGUAUGUGAUGCAUGGUGGGGGGAGCAGAGGGACGGCAUGGCUCUGUGGUUUGUAGGUGUAGAUUGCUUGUGUGGAACAGUUGGUCUACAACUAGACAUAUUCUCUACUCAUAUGUUCCGUUUCUUUGUUGGUUUUGUAUCUUUGUCACGUCGAUUUAACUUAACGGUAGAUAAAGAAUAGCUAGCUUUGACCACAAAUUAACCAAUCAGUCAGACUGCAGACCCUUCCACCCCCAACCUUGGUUUAUAUAGCAUUUAUGUGACCCGCAGGUCAACACGCAAAAAAACCCAACAAAAAAACAUAAAAUAAAAAAUGGAAAAAAAAGAUUUUUUAAUUCAUGGAUCAUUUUGCCAGUUAAUCUGUAAACACCUGCAUGCAUUUGUGGACAUGCACACUUGUACACUCAUUUAGACGUAUUGAAAAUGUCACCUAUUAACUUACUUUGUGUUCAUUUAUCAACAGUAUUGAUGUCAAAUGUGAAUAUUGUCAAUGGAGACUGUGCAGAAAUGUUUGGAAGCUGACAAAACAUUUUGUCCGAUUGUUUGUUUCACUUUUAUUUAUUUUAUAUUUUUUGAAUUUUGUCUACCAAUGUCGUUUCUUUACAUGUAUCAAUUUUAACAAAACCCAGUCUGGUUUUUAAUCAUAAAAUGUGUCUGUGUUUUAAAA